GGUGCUUGAUUUUGUACACGUGUGGCCAGGGAAGUGAUUAAAACACCUGAUUCCAUUAUUUGGAUGGGUGAGUGAAUACUUUUGGUAAUAUAGUGUAUGCAUAUAAUACUUAUGGUAUAUGGUUUUGAUUCAUUUUAGGUAUGUUAUUUUAUGAAAUUUAUCUUACUUUGUGUACUUUCAGCAAUUAUAUUCUCUAAAUAUUGCAAUAUUUUUGAGUGAUUCAUAUUUACUCUGUCUUGCUAGGAUACUACACCUGUGUCGAAGUGAUUUUUACAUUGCGUCGGCAGGUUGGUUUCUACAUGAUGGGAGUUUAUGCUCCUACUCUACUGAUAGUUGUAUUGUCCUGGUUAUCAUUCUGGAUCAACCCCGAUGCCUCAGCUGCAAGGGUGCCAUUGGGUAUUUUAUCAGUACUCUCUCUGUCCAGUGAGAGUAUGUCCUUGGCAUCAGAGCUACCAAAGGUUUCCUAUGUAAAGGCCAUUGACAUCUGGCUCAUUGCCUGUCUACUUUUUGGAUUUUCAUCACUGGUUGAAUAUGCUGUGGUGCAGGUGAUACUGAACAGUUCCAAACUGAUUGAAGAGGAGAAAGCCAAAAUGGCCACAAAGGAAAAAGCUUUGAAAGAGAAAGAAGGAAAGAAACCUCCAAAUAAAACUAACAACACGGUGAAUGGGACAGGUGAAACACCCAUACAUGUCAACACUCUGCAAGUGGUAGAAACUCGAUGUAAGAAAGUUUGCACAUCCAAGUCAGACCUUCGCUCCAAUGACUUCAGCAUUGUGGGGUCUUUGCCUCGAGAUUUUGAACUUUCCAACUUUGAUUGUUAUGGUAAACCAGUUGAAGUAACAGGGGCCCUCAAGUCUCAGAACAUAGCAAAUAAGAAACCCCCACCACCCAAACCUGUCAUACCUGCUGCUGCUAAACGCAUUGACCUCUAUGCGAGAGCCCUCUUCCCCUUCUCCUUCCUCUUCUUUAAUGUUGUCUACUGGUCUGUCUAUCUGUGAGACUGAACGGAGGAUAAAAGGAUGAAAAUAAAGUAGUUUUUAUCCCAUUGUUUGUCACCAUACUAAUAUUGCAUUUCAUAGCAAAUUCAUAUGCUGAAGUGUGGUAUAAACUGGUACAAUCAAGAUUUCCAACAAGAUUUUUUUUAACCAUGCUUGCCGUGCUGUAGCAGCUGCUGGGAAUCCUUGCAAACAGUCAAAUCAGCUACAAAACCCCUGGGCUCUUGGCCUGAGUCUCUUUUAAGCCCAGGCAUUAAGUAGGCUCUGCAUGUAUGUCUCUGUCUGACACAGGACAAUAUGCUUAAUGUAGACCAUAUUUUGCUGUGGCUUUUUACUGGAAUUACUGGUAACACUUUAUGUUAAGAACUCCAAAAUGGCCAUUAGCAAAUAAGUAUUAUUAUAAAUAUUACACAAGAUAAAUCAACAUAUUGUAAAACAAUUCAAUAAAUCAUUGCAAACAUGUAACUUCUAUGUCAUGUCAUCAUUCAUACUUUAACAUUUAUCAUUUUUGAUGGGUGUCAUCAUGACAAUAAAAUAAAAUAUUUUCUUGCGUCUAUGAGAUCCUUUUGAACAAGACUUGAACAAAAGAGCAAUUUUGGCCACCAGUAAUAAUAAUCAAGGAUGAUUUGAAUUAUUGAAAAAUUGAAUAAAGCUCAUUAACCAAAUUUAACAGCACACCACUGGGAAAACCCAGAUCCAUGACCAAAAUAGUGAGUUUGACUCAAAUGGGGUGUUAUUUGUUAUUUUCAUUGUUAUUUUCACUAUUCAUUAACACUUAAGAACACAAUGAAGACCAAAACAAUUUUAAUUAAGACAGCCUUUAUUAGGCUGCUAAAAUAUUAGUAUGGAACAGUCAGAACAGGCCAUUUUACGUUGGAUCAGGCCCACAUGCACAUUAUUCAGCAGCAAAUGAUGGCCAAAGGAAAAAUUUAUCUGCAGUCUUGAGUUACAGCUAAAUUAAUCUAUUGUUAUGACACAACAGGCACUGGUCUACCUUGCAAGAGCAGUCACCAAAAUCACAUCAGGUUCCAGCUGUGUCGAAUAUAGAAUAUUGUGAUUACCACUGUCUAAUUUCAAACAGGGAAAGAUGGAAAGUACCACUGAAAAUUCCUGCCUUACUUGAUUGCAUCUAUAUUGUCUUGAAAACAUUUUAUGGGUCAUAUGCAGUCAUAUUUGGGGGCAGGUAAAAAAAAAACAAACACUCUGACUAAA